AUGGAGGAGCUGUUUGCUGCAGCCACCGGCUGCUUGGAUCCCUUGGUCGCGGCUUCCUACCUUGAGCGCGCCGGUUACGAUUUGACCCGAGCAGUCAACCACUUCUUGGACUCCCCAAAGAAUGGCACUGCGGCAAGCCGGGGCAGCAGUGACUACUGCUGUCGGAGCUCCUCUUGCGGCGAUGACAACGGCGGCCCCCGCUCCUUGAAACGACAGCGUGCGGCGAUGGCAGGGGAGAAGCAACAACAACAGCAGCUCUUGAAGUUUGAACACGCAAGGCGCUUGUUGUCGGACACCAGCAGUAGCAGUGUCCCCGCAAGCGUGGGAAUGCCUUCCUCAUCAGGCAUGGCGGAGGAAAUACAUGCAAUGCCAUGCGACAGCGUACUUGGUGCUCCUGUACCAAAGACGACCACGGCUCCUUCCGCAGGGUGGGAAGCGUUUGCUGAGCGCUGCCAGAGGCAAGGAGCACGCUACGAGGAUGGCGAUUUCCUCCCUGUGCCCUCUAGUUUGGACGGACGGAUUGGGAGGGGCUGCUCUGCUUCGUCGCGGGAUUGCACAGGCGGUGCGGGCACGGAAACCACCGAGGGUCAUGCCCGUUGCAAGUGUGGCACGAGUGCUCGGGUCAUCACGGUCAACAAGGCGGGCGUUAACCAGGGCAGGCUCUUCUACGGGUGCGUCACCCGCAAGUGUGACUUUUUUAGGUGGGCGGAUGAUGCGCCGCACACGCGGCAGGCGCUUUCUCUGGUAUGGAGGCGGUUUUCGCCGCCCAGAUUCAAGCUGUCGAGCGCAGCGCCAAAGGGGGAGGAAGGCGGUGGGGGAAGUUUCAAGCCUGAACACGUCAUGCAGGUAGAUGACAAAUUUGCGCAGGCUAGCUACAUUGGUGUGAGCCCGUUGUUCUUGCUGUUUCCGCUUUAG